UUUUGUGUUCAGUGGGUGCCACAAAGAGCAGAAAGCAAAGUCUGUCCACCCACUUUCAUCUCUCCCGAGCGAAGGAGUGAAUUGAAUUAAAGCGCUGAGUUAUAUCACAAAUCCCAAAUUCGGGGGAGAAACUCUGUAUCCAAAGUCCAGGGAAAAGUUAUUUCCUGCUGAUUUCCCCAGCCUUGAGAAUAAACAGCGCUCAGUCUUUCUCUGGGGUUCUGCUCUGAGACAUUUCACCUGCUUUGGGAAAGAAGAACCCCAGUAAAACACCUUUUUUUUUUUUUUUUUUUUGCAGUAGAAGAUUUGUGAAGAGCUGCAUUUCAUGCUCAUCUGCACAGUUAUAUAAAUGCUCAGCAAAACUGCACAGGAAUUGUCUUGGUUUGUUGGGAAACAGUUGCAGUGUCGGGGAGGAAUUAGCAGCUAAACCACAAACCUCGGGGGUUUGGAGUUCCCUGAGGAGGAUGCAGAGGGACUCCUGUGUACCUGUGAGCUGAUCCUGGGUGUGGAAUCGUCUCUGCAUGGCCCAGUUUGGAACAGGCUGAUAAGGCUCCUUGUUUCUUAGCAACCCCAGCUCUGCCACAGCCAGAAACCUGCCCUGCUGCAGCUGGAGGGAAAAUUCUGAAUGUCUCAAAAGCAAACCUUAAACCGAGACCUGUGUCUUUCCUGGGCAUGGAGGUGCCAUAUGUCCUUCUCUUAACACGACUGGUGGCAGAAGUUGCCAGCAAAUCCACACAAAACUCGGUGUCAGAACCAGAAUGUUGUGUGGAUUUGUUGGAUUCCAACAGCUCCUGUCCAGCAACCAACCAGUGCAGUCCAGGUUGUUACAGGAGAUGGAAUGAGGAUGGAAGCAGCAGCUGCAUUAAAUGCAAAAAUGAAACCCUGCCUGUUUUCUCUGUUUACAACCUGACCGAGUGCAGAACUACUGGGAGCAGAGGGAUGAAUUUCCAGAUGAACAUAAGCACUGUAACUCCUUUCCUACAGAACAUAGGGGGCCCAGAAGUGGCAGCUUCCCUCAUCUUAGGGACAUUUUUCAUCAGUUUGUUCCUGAUUCUCUCUGUUGCUUCUUUCUUCUACCUCAAACGUGCCAAUAAACUUCCCAACAUUUUCUACAGAAGGAACAAAGCAUCUGUUCUCCAGCCUAGUGAAACAGCAUCCAUGAUACCUCCCCCAGCUUCUUCAGUUCGGAAGCCGCGAUACGUCCGCCGGGAACGGUCCCUGGUCACCUCCACGUCUGCUGCCAUCAUCUCCUCCUCUGAAACCAGGGUCAGCAAUGUUUAACCUCCCCUCCUGACAGAGGACCUUAACCAUUUGUGGUGUCAAAGAACCUUUUUCUGAACCCACUGAAGUGCCAGGAAAACGUUGCAAGCAGCUGACCCCGAACAGAAACCAAAUUCCUGUGUCCGAGGGUUUGUGCCAAACGUCCUCCCGGGGAUGAGCUGCUGGAGGUGACACCCAGUUCCAGGAACUCCUUUGCAAUGCACUAUUCCAGCUCUGGGGGCUCCUUUCUCUCCUGCAGGUGCUGUGUUUGAAACCUUUAAAGAAUCUGCCUUUCUUUGGAACACACUCUCUGUCCUGGCAAGUUCUUCUCCCUGUGUUGUGACGUGUCCCUGUGUCCCCAGGGCUGGCUGGCUCAGUGCUGCAGGCCAACCCCAAAUCCUGGGAUUACUCAAGGCUGUGGACUUGGGGAAGGGAGCCACUUGUAGAUGGGAACACUUAAGUGCCACUCCUUUAACAAUAUAACAAUAAUUAACAUGCAGAAUCCUUUGGAAGCAAAAAAAAUGAUGCCUGUGGAGCAUCUUCUGCCACAGCUGAGCCUGGGUUUAGCUGUGACUAUGGAGCCACCCUCCUGAUCCUGCUGCUCUUGGUGCUUUGGAAGGCCAUGGUCAAGAUGGGCCCAAUCCCAAGGGUGGGAAUUUUGGGUGGGAAGUUUUCUCAAUUGGCUUCAGCUCAGUGCUGGGAUAAAGAGCUGUUUACUGGGGGUUUGUAAACGAGAGGCUGCAAAGUCUGUCCCUGCUGGGACAACCUGGGAGCCCAAAAUUCCUGCAGGACAGUUGUCAGUGAGGGUUGGGAUGAGCUGGAGGGGUCAGGGGAACUUCUGCCAAUGCAAUAAAGGGGUUUCUUUGGUUGAGCCCUUCACUAACACACCUGAAAUGUUCAGGCCAGCACCUUAGGACAGAGCUCAGUGGGGAUUUCCUUGUUCCAACACCAGCCUAAACACCCCCCUUCCCACUCUGGAUUCUGCCCUCUCUGUGUGCCUGAGGAGUUGCUCUUGCAGGGAAUUAAAGGAGCUGUAAAAUCA